CCACGGAGCCCCCGCCCAAGGGGCACGCACGGACUGAGGGAGCAGAUGCUGAAGCGAACCCUCGCAGGUUGUGAUGCGUAAGGCGGCGCGCAUCGUGCUCUCGUUUUGCAGAGAAGAUCUCUGGUAAAUCAUGUUGGCUGGUGGUUUGUAGCAGCGCCGGCUCACAUCUGCCUACAUGGAUGUGUGCUAGUGACCGACAGGCACUAAAGUUGUGCUUUCGGGGGGGUUUCCAUCCGCUCUGGAGCAGUGAGGCUCUGGAAACAGGUGGUUGUCACAUGAAGGUACAUUUAUAGGAAGCUGACAGAUUUUUGCCAUCAUCUGUGCUGCCCCUGCCUCUGCACCCAGCUGCCAAGAUGGUAUUUCGGAAGCCACCAGAUGGUGGCUGGGGCUGGGUGAUUGUUGUGGUUUCCUUCUUCACCCAGUUCCUGUGCUAUGGAUCACCGCUGGCGGUGGGAGUCUUGUAUUUAGAGUGGCUGGAUGCUUUUGGAGAAGGGAAAGGCAAGACUGCUUGGGUUGGAUCACUGGCCAAUGGAAUUGGAUUGCUUGCCAGUCCUGUUUGCAGUAUAUGUGUAUCAUCCUUUGGAGCAAGACCAGUAGCUAUCUUCAGUGGCUUCAUGGUGGCUGGGGGCCUCAUGAUGAGCAGUUUUGCACCUAACAUAUACUUCCUAUAUGUUACAUAUGGGAUAGUUGUUGGUCUUGGAUGUGGCCUUUUGUACACUGCGACAGUUACCAUCACGUGCCAGUAUUUUGACAAACACAGGGGCCUUGCACUUGGUCUAAUUUCAACAGGCUCAAGUGUUGGACUCUUUAUAUAUGCAGCACUGCAAAGAGAGCUUAUUGAGCUGUAUGGACUGGAUGGGUGUCUGCUAAUAGUUGGUGCCCUGUCUCUAAAUAUAUUAGCAUGUGGCAGCCUAAUGAGGCCUUUGGAAUCAUCCAGUUCUCCUCCACCAGAGAAAAUGUUUGUAGACAAAGUCCCAGAUCAAUAUUUUGUUUACCAUGAAAAGGAAAAGACCAUUGAAGAAAACAUUAGCAUCCUUGAAAAGGGCUAUAUUGAUGAAAAAUGUGUGAACAAUGGGCCUGAUUGCAAACAGGAUAACAUUUUGAAUAAGAAUGCAUUGAGCUCAAUAAAUGUAAAUGAGAAAGACACUUACAAAAAGAAAGUUGUAGAACAGACAAACUUCUGCAAGCAACUCGCCAAAAGGAAGUGGCAGCUCUAUUUGACCUACUGGAAGGAGACCAUGGUUCUUUUCAAGAACAAAGUGUUUUCGGCUCUCUUUGUUGCCAUCUUGCUCUUUGAUAUUGGUGGAUUUCCUCCUUCUCUGCUCAUGGAAGAUGUAGCAAGAAGUGCAAAUAUUAGUGAAGAUGACUAUUAUAUGCCCCUUAUUUCCAUUAUCGGCAUUAUGACGACUGUUGGCAAACUUAUUUUAGGAAUACUGGCAGAUUUUAAGUGGGUUAACACGUUAUAUCUCUAUGUAACUACCUUAUUAAUGACAGGAAUGGCCUUGUUUGCAAUUCCAUUCGCCAAAAGUUACCUUACAUUAGCAAUGCUUUCUGGGAUUUUGGGUUUUCUGACUGGGAACUGGUCGAUUUUUCCGUAUGUAACAACAAAGACUGUGGGGAUUGAGAAACUGACUCAUGCCUAUGGGAUAUUGAUGUUCUUUGCUGGACUUGGGAACAGCCUUGGACCACCAAUUGUAGGCUGGUUUUACGACUGGACGCAGGAGUACGACACUGCUUUCUACUUCAGUGGCUCUUGUGUCCUGCUGGGGGGAUUUCUCCUGCUGUUGGCAGCACUGCCCUGCUGGAAUGCCUGCACCAAUCAGAGCUCCAAGCUGCCUCCAAACACUUACUCCUACAAAGUUGCAUCUAACGCUUAGGUGACAACUGGAAAACACUUUGCGCCUUUUUAUAUUAUAUAGCAAAGUAUUUUAGUAAUUUUCCACUUAUUUAUGAAGCCCACAAAUCCUCUUUCCACUAGAAAAAUUCCAUUGUUGCUUAUUGUUCAGUUUCUUUUUCUUCUUCUAUUUCUUCUUUUUUUUUUUAAUGUUAUUUUUAAAAACAGUCCUAUUUUGUGUACUAUGCACCGUGUUUUCAGCCUUUGUCUACUGUAAUUUCUUUUCUCCCUGUAAAGGGGAUGUUCUGCUGUAUUAUCAGCUGUAUUUUUUUUAAGGGGGGUUGGUAUGGAGGGGUGAACACUUUGAAGCAAAAAUGAAGGCCUGUUCUUUAUAGAAAGCUGGCGUUUCUGCCUCCUUCCAUAGGUCUCCAGGUUGCACAAUUAGGCUUUACAAAACAAGAAUUUGCCUUAUUAAAAUGUAAUACUGUGGCAAGGUGCUUUUAACUUCAUGCUUAGAUUAACUUUUUUGUCUUUUUAAAGUUUCUUCAAUUUAUGAUUAAGUGCCAAUUGUAGGAGGGAGAAGAGGGGAAACAAAAUCAACCUUGUGUUGCAUAACUGAAGUGAACUUUAUGAUGAAAGUAAAGAUUCUUAUUACCACUGCGACUAAGAACCAUGUUUAUAAAUACUGCACAUUUUGUGAAGCCUCUUUAUAAAACUGUUGAACCAAAACCUUUUAAAACCAAGGAAUAAAUGUGAUUGUUGAAACCGUGAAAGAAAA